AAUAAUAAACAAACACGCCUGAAAAGUAACAUUUCCCGCAAUAUUUCAAACUUGUCGUCAACACAAAAUAUUUCAAAUGAGUUUGGACGAAGAAGAGAGACUGUUUGAGGCUGCCAAAUCAUGCCUAGAAUCGGUGUUAGAGGAGGGACAGAAAAUGUCCAAUGUUGACAUUCAGUAUAUGUUGGCCACCUCCCAGAAGUGUCAAAGUCUUGUACAGAAACUUUCAAGCUUUGAGAAUGAUCCUAAAUUCUCGGGAAUGUAUAAGGGACUAAUUGACAACAUUCAGAGUCAUGUAGACAUACUGUCAGCUAAAAUAGAUCAAUUAAACAUUGAACAAGACCAGGAGGUUCCUGAGCAAACUCCUGGUACAAGUACAGAUCAGUCAACAUCUUCUGAAGGUGGCAGUGGAGAUAAACAGAGUAUACAAAGAAAGGCUGCCAUCAAAGACACUAUAGUUGGUAAAGGUGGACUGACAUUUCAAGACAUUGCUGGACUAAGUGAAGCUAAACAAGCUCUCACAGAGGCUAUCAUCAUGCCUCUACAGUUUCCUCAACUGUUUACUGGUUGUAUAAAGCCAUGGAAGCGUAUAUUGUUGUAUGGUCCACCUGGUACUGGCAAGAGCCGGAUUGCUCAGGCUAUAUCAGCUGAGAUCAACUCUACCUUCUACUGUGUCUCUAGCUCGGAUCUCGUCUCUAGCUGGGUUGGUGAAAGUGAAAAGUUAAUUAAAGAGCUGUUUCAGCAUGCCACUAAUCAAACUGGUAGAUCUGUCAUCUUUAUUGAUGAGAUUGACAGCAUCUGUCGACAGCGAAGCUCCAGGGAGGAGGAACAUACUCGCCGCAUGAAAACAGAACUUCUCAAACAAAUGGAAGGGGCAGAUAACUCUACAAACUCUGACAAAAUAUUUCUUCUAUGUGCUACAAAUUGUCCAUGGGAGUUGGACUCAGCUUUUCUGCGUAGAUUUCAAAAACGGAUCUACAUACCACUGCCUGACAGAGAGGCUCGUUUGAGUUUGAUAAAGAUUCACACGAAGGAGAAUAAGCUUGACCUCACUGAGACUGAGUGGAAUGUUCUGGCGGACAAGACGGACGGUUAUUCUGGCAGUGAUAUCGCCAACAUGACUCUUGGUGCUCUCUUCGGACCAAUACGUGACCUACAGACUGCUCAAUACUGGAGCAAGACUGAAGAUGGGAAAUAUUAUCCCUGUAGCGCAGACACACCUGGAGCUAUUCAUGCAAAGAUGGCAUCACUUCCAGCUGACCAGAUCAAGCCAAGACAAACAGAGCUGUCGGAUUUUCUCAAGUCCUUACAGACGCACAAACAGACAGUAACUGACACAGAACUCCAGAAAUUUCAAGAUUUCACAAACAACUUUGGUGAACAAGGUUAGAUAGG